GGAAAACGGGCCAUGGCAUCAUAAUUUUGGAUGGUUGCAGUUGAUAGAUGGACGAAUCGCAAUUUACCAACCUUCCUCUCCCAAAUCUCCUUCUGGGUCAAAAUUGUGUACAUCCCAAAAGACUUCCGAACUGAUUUGGUCAUAAGGGAGGCAGCAUGUGUUCUUGGCCAUAUAGAUGAAACCAAAAUUUUGGAGGCCACUGGAGAUACUGAAGGAGAAGUCUGGGCUCAUGUUAAAAUGAAUGUCUCUGCUCGGCUAAUCUUUGUCAGAUCCAUUGAAUUUGAGCCCGGAACACUGUCUGUCGUGAUUCGUUUUAUCUUCUCUAAGCUUCGCAAGUUCUGUUUUACAUGUGAAUCUUUAUUAUAUGAUGAAUCGUGCUGUGAUUAUGGACCCCCAAUUCUCCAUCUCCAGAAUCAAGCGAUUAGGCGGGAGAUUGAGCCGAUGCAAGGGGUCAAUCAAGAGGAAGAUGAAGCCAUGAAUGAACAAUCAGAAUCAUCAAUCCCUAUAAUUGGCACUCUGCGACCAAUGAAUCCUCCUAUCUUGAGACAAACUGAUAGUAUGUCAAUUACUCUGGAUGUACAACCUAUAGCUAUACGGGAGAUUGGUGGAACAUCUAGAGUCCCUCAGAGCCGCAAAAGACUAGAUGUUCAGGUGGAAUCUGAUAGUGUCCAUGCUAUUAAUGAAGAGGCUGAGAAUUCAACACAAGCGCAACCCAAUCUCCUAGCUGAAGUGGUAGGUCAGACUGACCAGAUGUUAAGAGAAGAGUGGAAGAACUUAGCAUAGAACAGAUAGAGGUCAUAAGAGAAAAUGUGGUAGUCUUUUGGAAGAAGAUCAAGCUUCAACCACUAAGCAAAGAAAUAAAGGUGCUUUUCCAAA